AUUCCGAGAGAGAUCAUGGAUCGAAGAGUGACUGCGAUUGGUUUGGUUAUCCUGCAGCUGCUGGGCAGCGGCCUCUGUUUCCAGGAGAAGGCUCCGCUGCAGACGAGUCUGGUCACCGGGCAGGCCAGGACUGAUAAGCAGCAACAGGUGCUGGACGAUCCGCUGGGAAGUGGACGCGGGAUUGACGAGCACCUGCUGAAGACCAUUGGUAAGGGCGGCAUCAAGCUGGUGAUGGCCUCGGGAGCCCCGACGACCACCCCGAAACCGUCAGUACAACACCAUUACUAUUAUCCACCAGAGGAUCAGCAGCACCCACGGCAGUAUGGCUAUCCACCGCACUGGUCGCCAGGACCGCCUGCUUAUCCGCCGCCACCGCAGCGUCCUUGGGGGCCACCACCUCCGCCCGGACCACCGCCGCCAGGACCUCCUCCUCCUCCGGGGCCCUACUACAAUCCCUACUACAAUGGCUACAACUACUACGGCGGAUAUGGCGGCUAUGGAUAUGGGGGCUUUGGCUCUCCCGGCUUUGGCUCUCCCGGCUUUGGAGGCUAUCCUGGCUAUCCCUACUAUCCCUUCUAUCGCUCCUCGACGGCUGGCGAGGUCGAUAACCAACUCCCCGGUGCCGAUGGACUCACUUCCGCCGCCAUUCCUGGCGUUUUCCAGGGCAGGGCCGUGCUGUCCCACCAGAACUUCCUCGACGGCAGGAACAACGCCAACGUUGUGCCGCUUUAUCACCUACUCCAAAUGGCCAGGGCCUGAAGCACUGUAAUCCAAUCCUUGAUAAAACUGAAUAAAUUGUGUACCAUGUAUGUUCUGAGUAACCGCGUGAUGCAUCGAAGUUCUUA